GCAGGACGCCUCCACUCUGUUGAAUAAAACAUAGGGCUCCAUAUUGUACUGUAGGUUUGCAGAGCAGACAUCAGGAGCAUCUUUUAUACACAGACUGACGUGCAGCAGUAAUUCCCUGGGGCCGCCGGUGAGAGACAGGAUGAGGUCGAGCUGCGCUUUGGCUCCUGUGCUGCUGAUGCUGCUGCUUGCGGUUCAGCUGAUUAACGCAGAGCCCGACUCCGGCACUGUUAUUCCUGCUGAGAGUCGGCCAUGCGUGGACUGCCACGCGUUUGAAUUCAUGCAGCGAGCGCUACAGGAUCUGAAGAAGACGGCCUUCAACCUCGACUCACGAACUGAGAAUCUGGUGCUGAGAGCUGAGAGAAGGGCUCUGUGUGACUGCAUGCCCAUCAGCACCUUAAACUGAACCCUGAGCACCUUUACGGCACCACUGGAAAACUUUCAUCCCAUCACGCCAUCUUAUCUGCGUACUUAUUUAUAUAAAUCUGUUUUGCAAACUUCUUACAGAACACAGGUCUGGCAUGUUAAAGUUACAGAGCUGUAUGAGCCAUUAUGCUCCCAAUCACUAUAAUUAGCAUUUCCUCAUACACAAUUUAUCUUUCUAUAAUAAAUGUGGUGGUUCUACUGUAUAUGUAACUCUGCAGCUUGAUCUCAUCAUUUUUAGAUUACACUUCACACUGAAAUGUGCAGAAUAUUAUUUGUUCGGUAUUACUGCUCCUGUUAAGGCUUCUGGUGUUACAUUUUUUAAUAUAUUACAAUAGAUAUGACUGAUUGAGAUUAGACAUGCAGCAGAUAAGUGUAUUUUCAUGUAGAGAAGCUGUAGAGAAAAAGUACCUUUUGUAUUAGAAAUGUAUACCGUGUGUAGGAAGGGUAGUGCUCUGAGUGUUGUAUCUGUACUUAUUGAUGAGAAAAGGCAUGAUGAAUGUAGUACACAUUAAUUUAGCUGUUUUCUCUCAUCAUCAUCAUGCCAAUCAAAUCCCCGAUUGUCAUGUUGGUGUGUAGCUGGGUUUAAUCUGAAAUUAUACUGAUCUGCAGAGCUGUGAGAGUAUAAUAAGCAGUGAAUGUAGCUGCAACAGUUAGCAAUGUAGAAUAUCAGUCACUGUCCCGAUGCCACUUGUUUUUUGUGAUUGGUAAACAGUUUUCAUUUAGAAAGAAACAACAUUAAACACCACUGAGCAUAAA